CCCAUCGGGGGGCAGCAGAGCUACAACGUCCAUCUGCAGCAGAGGAAGCAAAAUCGAAACUCCUCAAUGAGUUCACCUUCAGAUAAAUAGUUUAUCCCCCUUUCUCUGCAGACUUAUUUUUUAAAUCGUUUGGCGUCUUGGCACAAUGAACGGCUCUCUGCAUUCCUCACCCAACUUCGUGGACAUUAAACUUAAGCGAGGACCGGCAGGCUUAGGAUUCAAUAUAGUUGGGGGUGUAGACCAACAGUAUGUUGUAAAUGAUAGUGGCAUAUUUGUGUCUAAAAUAAAAGAGGAUGGAGCUGCAGCACAGGAUGGAAGACUGGAAGAGGGAGACAAGAUCCUGAUGAUAAAUGGGAUCCUACUGGAGAAUCAGACACAUGAAUCUGUGGUGAAUCUGUUCAGGACAGCAGGGGAGGAUGUGGAGCUCCGUGUUCUGAAAAAGCCAACUCGUCACAUGAACGGACCCACAGACUCGCAACCUGAGCACCAGCCGUCUAUGUCUUCUUACCUGGGAAUUCUAGCAUUAUUAGCGGGGGCCGUGGCAAUCCUCGCAAUCAUUUACAAACGACACAAUUAGGAGGCACUUUUAAGCAAAAUGACAACAUCUGUAUUUUCAUUUUAACAUCAAAAACUUUGCAAAAUGCCAAAGAAGUGAAAGAGGGAACCAUGUCUGAGUAGUAGACAUUAUUUUUGUUUAAUUAGCAGGUAAUGGUGUCUCCAAUGAGUUUCUCCAUGCCCAUGCAUGUUUUGUGAUUAAUGGUAGCUUCUUGACACCCUUCCCAUGUAAGAGGGCACUCUCUUACCACAGACGUGAUUUUGAAUAGAAAAAUCUUUGAUGUGAGAUGAAGGAUGAACACGUUCCUGCUGCAGAGCUGUGCUCCUCUUACAGAAACAAAGCAGUUGCCCCACGCACAGAAGCUGAGUCCGACUGACAUGAGAUCCAGAAUCCAUUUACAACCUGAAAGACUGUUUUUUAUGAACAGUUAGUUGAACAACUCUCUGUACCUGUAACUCUCUGACAGAUCUGUCUGUAGGCGUUAGAGGAGCCUGCUGAGUUUUCACAAAAACACCCACUGGGUUUGGUUUUCGUUUGGCUUUGUUGCACAGUACCACAGGAGGGGCAUUAUCUAGAUGUGCUGCUUAUAUUGAGCUAUGGGACUGAUAAAAGAAUCAUUCAAGUAAUGCGAUCAGGUGUCCCAUGAGGGACUUUUUGAGUGCCUUUCCCUGUCUUCUCAAAGCAGCGGCAGGAUCUUGUUGCUCCUUGCUGUAAUCAAAAUAAAAUUCCACUUAUUACAUCCAUAAAUCUGUCAAAUAAUCUGAUGCAAAGGCCAAACACAGCAUGAGAUGGAUGGUUUCCAAGUCUACUUGUUUAAGACAUAUAUAUGUAUUUAAAAAAAACCACAAGUAAAUAAUGUCAUUUCCAAAAGCAGCGCAGUCAUUUCAAACAUGGAAUUGUUUUAAUGAGUUUCUCAUCCUUGUGGAUAUGGUGCAUUUGUUGGGAACUAUUUUUUAGCUGCAGAUUAGUACGCUGUUGUUGAUUCUGUAAAUAUUACUGGCAGCAGGUUGGAGCAUUGUGGAUUGUCUCAUUGAUCAGCGCUACAGUUUGUCUUACUGAUGUGUUUUUAAUGGUUUUUGCACGACGGUGGGGCUCUGUGGCACCGGCCCUAUCAGAUGCCGAUAUGACAUAUCACCAGUUACUUUCAAGAAUUUGUCAAGUGUCAUCUGAUUGUUCAGGGUGAACCACUGACGAAUCAUUCACUAAAAAGCUCAUUGUUAAAUGCUCAUUCUCAGCUAAACACCGACACUUUGUACCGACUGGUUGGAGGCUGCUGCUUGUCCUCACACUUUACCUCCCACUAGAUGAGUUUACUUGCCGGAUCAGUAUGUGCAUAUGGUAUACGGACCAACAUCUUCAUCCUAUUUUCUUUUUUUGCACUAGCCACAAUCACGAAACUUCUUCAGUAACAGCCAUCGAGCAGGUGAAUAAGUGAGUUGUGAAUGCUUGGUGUCUCGUCAACAUCUGUUUUGUAAGUGUCUGACUGCAUGUGGUUAAAUGUAAAUAAAUUUAAUGUCACUCUGCUGAGUGGGAUUGUGAAUAUGUGCAGUAUGCCAGAAGUAAAUCAGAAACACUAAUUAUGCAAAUAGUGAGUGUUUGACGUCCAGACAUUUAAUAAAAUUCACGUUGAAUUCA